AUGUUAAAAGUUUUAGAAAUCUAUAAAAAGUCAAAGUUUUUAAGAUUUGGAUUUUUAUUUGUAUCUUGUUUUUUAGUUAUCAGAUCAAUACAAAGUUUAAUAAAUAAAAAUAAAAAUAAAAAAAAAGAUAAUGAUAAAUUAAACAACGAUGAACCUAUAGAUGAUAUCAUUAAUAAAGAGAGUAUCGAAUCAUCAUCAUCAUCAUCAUUAAAUAAUAGUAUCGAUAGCAGUUUAGAUAAUAGUAUAGAUGAAAAUAAUAAUAAGGAAAAAAAGAAUAUUGAUUGGUUUAAAUUACCAAGUGAUAUUAAAGUCCAUGUACUUAGCAAUCAAGAAGAAUGCGAUUUAGUUUUAAACGAAUAUUAUCAAUCAUUAUUAAAGAAAAUUGAAAAUAGUAAAGUCAAAGUAGAUGGUGCAGAUGUUUUAGCAAAUACCACAGAAUCAUCGUUAUCAUCAAAUGAUGCAUUAUUGUUUCCAAAUUGUACAAAAGAAAACAAUGAAGGUUUAGAUUUUAUUAUUGGUUUUGAUGCUGAAUGGAGUAAUCAAAAUCAAUAUCAAGAAUGUGAAGGUUACCCACACAAAGUUGCAUUAAUUCAAUUAUCAAGCAAAACCGAUGUUUAUCUUAUUCAAAUUUCACAAAUGCCAACUAUACCACAAUCUUUAGAGCAAAUUUUAGUUGAUCCCAGAUUAAUUAAAGUUGGUGUUGCUAUUUCGCAAGAUGCUGCCACAAUUUUUUCAUCAUUUUCAAUUGUUACCAAGGGUUGUGUUGAUUUGGUACCAAUUGGUAGAUUAACAAAUUAUCAAGGUAAUGGUUUAGCAAGUUUAGCAUUAAAUGUUUUAAAUGCAAAUAUUGAUAAAAAUAAUUUAAUUCGUUGCAGUCAUUGGGAAAAUAAAAAUUUAACAUCAGAACAAGUAAUGUAUGCCGCUAUUGAUGCAUGGAUUGGUAGAGAAAUUUUUGAAACAAUGUAUUAUACCUAUAAGAGUUCAAAGAUUGAUCCAAACGAACCAGAUUUAGUUUUCACACUAUGCAGACCAUUUAUUAAUACUCAAUUUAAAGUUAAAGUAAAAUCAAAAUCAACAAAUGGUGCAUCAACAAGUGAAAACGGUCCAAGAGUAAAAGAUAGCUCUAUCUUUAGACGUAUGGUACCAGAUAAUAGAGUUCUUUAUGAUAACUGUUUAAUGUAUAGCCCAGAAGAUGUUUUGCUUUGUUCUAUCAGUAAAAAGAAGGUUCAAUGGUAUGUCAGCAGAGGUUUAGCAGAUAUUGUUAGUGGUGAUUCCGAACAAAUCAAAAUCAAAUUACGUUUCAAACCAAAUGGAGAGGGUCAUUCAGGUGAUUUUUAUUAUUUGGCUCAUAAAGAAAACCAUUGUGUAGUCUGUGGAUCCACCUAUAAGAUAUUACGUCAUUCAGUAGUACCACAUUGUUAUAGACAAUAUUUACCAGAGGAAAUUAAGAGUCAUUCAUCACACGAUGUAUUACUAUUAUGCUGUGAUUGUCACGCCACCAUGGAAAAGAGAUCUCAUAUCAUGAGAAUGAUGAUUGCAAAGCAAUACGGUGUACCCUUAGAAAAUGAUCACAAGGUCUAUAUCACCAAUUCACCAUUGGUCAAAGCUAGCAAAGCAGCAUUGGUUUUAAAAAAACAGAUUGAAGGUAAAAAUGGUAAAGGUCAAAUUCCAGAUUCUAAAUUACAAGAAAUGAAAAAAGAAAUUUUAGACUAUUUAAACAAAGAAGAAUACACAACUGAAGAUUUGGAUUCAUUAGUUUCAACAAAUCCAAAACAAAGAAACGAUCAAUAUGUUCCACAUGAAAAGAAAGUGAUGGAAAAAGUUUUAGAAUUAGGUGAAAAAGGUAUUUUCGAUUUUGUACGUACAUGGAGAAAAAAUUUUAUUGAAACUGCUCAACCAAAACACCUCAACCCACAUUGGUCUAUUGAUAAAGAAAUUUUAAAUGAUUAUAAACCAAAGGAUCAAAAAGUUAAACAAAUCAAAUUAUAA